AUGUUAUUUAAAUAUGAAAUCGAUAUUGAUGAGCAAUUAUUACCUCAAGGAGUAGUUGUUGAUCAUCUCGGUCACAUCUAUGUCGCAGAUGGUGAAAAUCGUCGAGUAAUGCGUUGGUGUGAAGGAAAAGAAGAAGGUGAAAUUGUUGUUGGUGAAAAUGGUUUAGGAAAGCGAUCAAACCAAUUGUAUCUUCCCUGUGGUUUAUCUUUUGAUGAUGAAGGAAAUCUUUAUGUUGCUGAUUCGGGAAAUUAUCGAAUUCAAAAAUUUGAAAUAAUUCUAUGA